GCGUCCUAUCAAUGAAGCAAUUAGUUGUCGACGUCAUUAUACCGUAGAUUUUUGUGUAUCAUUCGGGAGCUGUAUUCUUAUGCCUCACUUUAUUUAUACUCAGCAUACUAAGCAUACUUAUCUGUCAAUUUAUCUAUCUAAUUCCCAGACGUACGACGGGUAUGUGCUAACUCCUAGGGAUAUACGAAUGUAUAUAUAUCUUGUGAUUUUCCCCGGUAAUGUAUUUUGAGAUAUUGAUCAAUGACAGCCUUUUUACCGUAUACGCCUCAAAAACUAACAAAAAAACUCGCAAAAGAAUGCAACACAGUUGCGACUAUUGUCGAGGGUGAUAGUGCCCGGAUGCCAAAAAACCAGUGCACGAAUUGCAUAAACAUCGGGAUAGAAUGCACACACACACUUCCAACGAAAAAACGAGGGCCGAAAAAUCCAUACGUACAUGAACUUGAAGAACGAAUUCGAAUCAUGUCUGAACAGUUACAGGGUAAGAUUGGCAACGAUGAUACAGAACAAGUCCCGCAAGAAGACCCAUCAGCGCCUUUGAUUUCGAGGCUCAGCUCAACGCUUUCUGAUUCAGCGUCAACAUACUCAAACAUGUUGUCUGCUGGGCUCCCAACAGUCACGUUAAAUGGAUCGACUACUCCCUCUGACAGUGACGGAAUCAUUUCAAAUGGACCCUUGGAUCUCUAUUCAGAUCCGAUCCACACAAGGUUCUUUGGCCCAUCCAGUGGAUUCGCACUAAUGAAGAAGGCGUACGAUCUUAAAAGCGAGGUUAUGAGCGAACAAAAUAUCCCCCUUCAUGCUUUGUUUCAACGUCCCGAAUAUUGGCUUCAAGUACAACCCUGGGAAAGAGCUUCUCGGGACCAACAGAUACCCAAGUACAACUUCCCGGAGACCAGUUUAAUGCUCUCCCUUGUCUCCCUUUAUCUAGUCAGCGUGAACAUCUUUUUCCCCAUUAUACACGCUCCGACCUUCCAGCAAUCAAUAGCUGAAGGCGUUCAUUUUCGUGACCAGCGCUUUGGGGCUACUGUUUUGCUUGUCUGUGCUAUUGGCUCUCGAUAUUCUGCCGAUCCCCGAGUAUUACAUGUUCCAGACUCUGAACUUUCAUCUGGACACCAAUGGUUCGCACAAGUCCGAACGCUUCGACAAUCAUUACUUGAAGUGCCUUCGCUCUAUGAGCUCCAGCAGUGUUGUCUUUCGAUUUUAUACCUUAUUGGUACUCCCGAACCAUCGCAGUCGUGGAUUUUAGUUGUUUUGGGGAUCCGCUUUUCGUGCGAGCUGGGACUUCAUCGUCGCAAGCCUGACGGACAUAAAUGGACUUCUGAAGAGGAACAGACAAAGAGAGUGUUCUGGGUCUUAGUAACUCUAGAUAAGCUUACAGCGAGUUUUCUUGGACGACCACCUGCCAUCCAUGAUGAGGAUAUUGACGCUGAUCUCCCUAUACAAUGCGACGAUGAGUACUGGGAAAAUACAAAUCAGAGUCUUGCGUUCAAGCAACCAGCUGGAAAACCUUCCGUCAUUACAGCAUUCGUCAGUUAUUUACGUCUAUGUGAUAUCCUAGACUUUGCGCUACGAACAUUAUACUCCACCAAGAAAUCACAACUUCUUUUGGGACUUGUCGGACAAGAUUGGCGAGAAAGAGUUGUAUACGACCUUGAUUCGUCAUUGAAUGAGUGGAUCAGUUCACUUCCUCCACAUCUGCGAUCUGAAUCAGGAAGGAAAAGAGAGGGAGUUUUCGCCAUGCAAUCUGCCUUUUUGUAUACGGCCUACUAUCAUCUUCAAAUCUAUGUACAUCGUCCAUUUCUUUCAAGACCCUCCUCUCGAGCCCUUCCUUCACUUUCAGUUUGUAUGACAGCAGCGAGAUCUUGUGCUCGCGUGCUCGAUUGCCAGCAAGAUGGUAGUGUUGCCUCCCUACCACAUACACAGUAUGCAGCGUUUGCGGCUGGGGUAGUACUUCUUUUCAAUCUUUGGGCAAGCAAGCGUGCUGGAACGGAAAUAGACCAACACAAGGAAAUUCAAAAUAUAUGGAUACUUCUUGGGGUACUGGAGGCACAAGGAGCCAAAUCUGCUAGUGCUGGACGCUUUUGGGAUAUGCUCAUGGAACUCAAGCGAGGAUACGAUCAUCCAACAGCACUAACAUCUACAGAUGAAGUUCAGGAAAUGAAUUUUUUGAAUGAUACUCAUCUGGGACCGCAAGGUCCUCCCAUUGACAGAAAAACUUCCAGCAUCGAAAAAACCGAACAUCGAGAACACCUUACAACUAACGGAUUUGGGCAUGGUAUGGAUGUAUGGUCUGUAGCUCCCCCUGGAUUUACUUAUGAUGAAUGGGUCAGCUACAUUGAAAACAUGAAUGGUAUGGGUGGAAGCUUCGAGCAGGAGAAAGCAGUUUUAUCCUAAAAUGUUAAAUAUCCAACCAAUAUGUAGAUCUAUGUAACCCCUUUCAUUUUAUGUCGCAUUAGUCGUGCUGGCGACGUGGACGUCCAGAGGCUAAUCUCAUAACAGCAUUUUUAGCGGCAAUGAUGCUAUUUUCCGAAC